AUGUCAUAUAUUACCAACUACAACCACAACCUCAACGUCGCAUGGCGGCGGGCAGCUUGCAUCACUGCCACCAAUUUCUCGCCAAUUCCCAAGCGCGCCACAACAGCCUUGGCUGUACUCACCCAAGACCACAACCAUUCCAGACAUCUUCUGCGACCCCAUACGUACGACCUUGUCGAUUUCAUUCUUGACGACAACUCCCUCACUUUGUACCCAUACCCCAUAACCCAUAGACUUGCCCCUUCAAUUAUUCACCUUUCAAUUUUAUCCACCACCGACUCUGAAGCUAGCCGGCCUAGACGCAGUUUCCUAGCCUCCGCGAACAUCAUCCGCGCUACGUGGCCGAUUAUUUGCGAAGCUUCCGAACAUCGGCCCUCAAUUCAUGGUUCCGUCUCACCUCAACAACUCGCACAUGACGGGGGGGUGGCGCAACGCAUCCUCGAUAUUGAUGGUGCCUUUGUGGAGUUCCGAUAUACCAAGAUGCCCAUACUCUCUGUUCCUGGUUUACGGAAGAUUAUUCUUAAGGCGAUCUAUUGCCGUUCGUUGCCGGUGCGUCCGCACACUGUGCGCAAGCCCCCUACAGAAGGCGGGGACAGCAACAUCAACGUCAUGCUCAAGGUCGAAAUCGACGCCUUCGACUGGUGCCCUUCAGACUUCAAAGGCAAUUUUAACGUCGCUCUCGUACCCCGUUACGACCCGGGGGCAGAAACCCGUUUCCUGCCAAAAGAUGGGGGGGCCAGAGAAAUGGGCAACCAGAACGCCCUUUUUCAUUCAGCUUCGUUUUGUGUCGCGACUCACCUUCGAAACGAUUUUCACUAUACAACAUGGCCGAAAACGCUGGCCUUCCCAGAUAUUCAGAUCUGGAGGGACAUUGUGCGUGUGACGAGUUCUCGUACAUCCUCUUCGUCCACCGUUCUCGGCAAAGCUCUUCCACCUCAAGAGCGAGCCCCCAAUGGGACCCGCUUCCUACAACGUGGGGCUCUGGGGAGCCCGAUCCCGAGCCCAAACCCAAGGGGCGAUGAAACUAGUCUUCAUCAUGGGGGCUGGCUGUCUUGCGUGUUUCGGCUUGAUGUUGGCGCCAUCGUCAGCCGGCUGUCAAGUUCGACAUCUAUUCGUUACGUGUUUUCUCACCUUACUCCCGCCCGCGUCAUGAGCUCUCAAGAAUUACUCGAGUCGCUAGAAACUGCCGUUUGCGAUGACGAACGCCGCUACAGGACGGCUGGAACCAGAUUGGCCGCCCCGCGCGCUGGGCCCAGUCCUCCUAUGGCGGCAUCGCAAUCGCCAAAGGCAGCGUCGUAGUCGCCCACAGAUGAACCGCCAUGGCAGAACUUUCGUGACGUGGGUGGGACGAACCUCCUCCCAAGUCAGUUUCCUCCGCUGGAGGCCCGGCCCGGG